AUGCUUCAAAUCAAGAGCUUCAUUGUCUUCUGUGGGCUCCUGGCCCUAACCAGUGCCCUGCUAGAAGGUCUGCCACUGCCCCUGGGCCAAAUUCUGCCCCUGGGCCCAGCUUUGCCCCUGAAGCCACCUGUGCCUGUGGACCAGACGCUGCCCCUGAAGCCAGCUCUGCCCUCAAAUCCUCUAGAUCUUCCUGCACACUUGACAAGUGCUCUCACCAAUGGCCUGCUCUCAGGGGAUCUGUUGGGCAUUCUCCAAAACCUUCCACUCUUGGACAUGCUGAAAGCUAAAGGAGACAACUCCGGUAGCCUGGUUGGGGGCCUGCUUGGGAAAGUGACAUCAGUGAUCCCUCUCCUGAACAACCUCAUUGAAGUGAAAGUCACUGAUCCCCAGCUGCUGGAACUUGGCCUUGUGCAGAGUCCUGAUGGCCAUCGUCUCUAUGCCACCAUCCCUCUUGGCCUGGUCCUCAAUGUGAAGACGCCCAUGGUCGGAAGUCUGUUGAGGCUGGAUGUGAAGCUGAACAUCACUGCGGAACUCUUAGCCGUGAGAAAUGAGGAGGGGAACCUACACCUGGUCCUUGGCGACUGCACUCAUUCCCCGGGCAGCCUGAAAAUUUCCUUGCUUGAUGGAAUUGCUCCCCUCCCUAUCCAGAGCAUUGUGGACAGCCUCACCGCAGUUUUGAAUAAUGUUCUUCCGGAGCUGGUGCAGAGCAAGGUGUGCCCUCUGAUCAAUGGGAUUCUCAGUCGCCUGGAUUUCACCAUGGCACAUGCCAUUAUUGACUUACUGAUCCAUGGAGUGGAAUUUGUUAGCAAAGUCUAA